CUCCUGCAGCAGAUUCUCAGCCUUCGCCUCGUGCCCCGCGUGGGAAAUGGCACCACCACCUACUCCAGCCCGCUCUCCACCUUCCCAGAGAUGUGGUACGGCGUCUUCCUGUGGGCACUCGUCUCCUCCCUUGCCUUCCACGUCCCGGCCGCGUUGCUCGCCCUCUUUACGCUCCGGCACCACAAGUACGGCAGGUUCAUGUCCGUGAGCGUCCUGCUGAUGGGCAUCGUGGGACCCAUCACCGCCGGCACCCUCACAAGUGCUGCCAUUGCUGGAGUUUACAGAGCUGCAGGAAAAAAAAUGAUUCCCUUUGAGGCCCUCAUUUUUGGCGUGGGCCAGACGUUCUGUGUGGUGGUGGUUUCGUUCCUGCGCAUUCUGGCCACUCUGUAGUUCCUCUGGAGAGGCUGGAGAACACAAACCAGAGGGGGAGUAAAGGACCUGCUGCCUCAGAACAAAUUACAGGGAGCACAGCUCCAGCCUUGUGCUUCUUCCACUGAUUUAAGGAAUUGGGAGGACUUGCUCCUGCCUCCAGCCUGGCUUGAAACUUAAAAAUUGUGAAUUUUGUUACUUUUUGGUAACAUUAAGUGCCAAGUGAAACUCUGUUUUCCUGGAGGGUUGGAAAAUGGCUACCAGGGGAGGAGAUCCGGGUACCUUUCACCAGUGAUGAAUUGUAGUAACAGGACAUGACUAAAAUGUGACACCAGCUGUGCUGGGGUGGGAACAGGACCAGAGUGACAUCGUGCCCUCAGAGCUCACUCACUGCUUUGUGGCUUGGUUUUGAGUGAACCUGAAGCUCUUUUAAUGUCUGUUUUUAAAUUAAAAUGUUAAUUUGUUUUCUUCCUGGCCCAAACUUCUUAAUACCAGGUCACAGCCAUAGUGGAUUUGGGAACAGCAAGAGGAAAACUCAUUUUAGAUGAGAGUGCAAAUUUGCUUUUAGGAGCUCUGGCUGUGAAUGCUGCACAGGGGAAAUCGCUGGUAUAAAAAAGAUUUUGUGAAUUUUGUUACAGCAAAGCCCUUCUGGCCCUGUGAAUGUUCUGCCCAGGGACAAAGCACAGUGGAAUGGCACUCCAGAAAUCCCAGGUGUGCAUGUGGGUGUGCACAGCUUCUCCUCAGUCUUUGAAGGAAACUCAUGUUUUCAAAUGACCCUGUUCUCCUUUGACUCACUGAUGCUGUUCAUGUUGGUGUGGUGGAGUUGGGUGUCUGCACUGAUCUGGAAGUGGCACUGGCCAGCUUGGGUAAAAUCCCUCAUGCUGCUGCCAGCUGCGUGGCCAGGCUGGCUGGCAUGUCCCCAGUGUGGGGAACGUGCCGCGUGUUCAGCACCCAGCCAACAGCGUGCCAGGGAUUGGGAGAGCUGCAAGGCUCAUGGCAAGAGCCUGGAUGAUUCCUGUGUCCAUGUGAACACAGCCCCAAAUCAACCCUUCUCCACAGGCAGUAGUCUCCUCGUUAAUAGUUUUAGUUUGUUUUGGUUUUAGGAGACUUUUAACUAAUUGGUAACUCUGCACUUGUGCCCAGAGUUGUGCCACAUGGCUUGGGCACUCGAGCAGCUAAUUGGGUGCUUCCUGGGGCUUGGUUCUUUGGGGAAGCUGAGGUUGUAUUCCAGGGAUGUGGCUGGUGGUCAGUGUAGCCACCCCUAGGGGUUUGCUGUGGUCUGUGUUUGUACCCAGCUCACACCAUGUGGGCUGCAGAGAGAAAGUGCUGUCUAUGUCCAGCCUUUCAAGGGACAGUUCCCAUCUGUGUCUUCAUUUAAUUCCUCUGGUUUCCAAAUCAGUUCCUUUUAUACCUGCAGCAUUUCCUAGGGUCAUUUAUCUACUGUGAGCCCAUAUCCUUAGUGCUGAAAUAACUGGAUGUGGCACUUAGUGCCAUGUUCUGGAUGAUGAGGUGGUGACCAGCCAAAGGUUGAACUCAAUCUCAGAGGGCUUUUCUAAACUAAAUUGAUUCUGUGAUCCUUCAAUAGGACAGUCUUUAUCAUAGAAAAGGGUUUCUCUCUGCACAGACUUCUCAGGAGUGGUUUGUCCAUGGAGAGAGGUGUUUUGCAGCAGCUACUUACUGAGAUUCCUAUAAAUUUUAGCCUAUGUUAAUUCAGGGAAUAUAGAUGCACAGUUUAGGAAAUAAUUUAAUGUGAAUCCUCUAGGUGGGUGAGGUCCAAGUGGUGUAACAUACACUAAACCCUGGAUCUGUGGAGAGCCCUGUGUGCUGUGCUGCUUGUAGAGAGCCAGUCUUCCUGCCAGGGCAGAAACAAUGAAAAAAAAGGAAUAAGCUUGCUUUCUUUUCCCUCUUCCCACUUGGUAUUUCCGCAUGUGUACAGAGUGCACAGUUUAAUUUACAGGUAUUAUCCUGUGUUUUACUGGAUGGAUUAAAAGUAUCUCAUGAAAUUUGGAUAGGGUGGGUCUGGCUUUACCUUUCAGGUGACACCAGAAACCAAUGUCCUGAGCACCUGCUGUGCUCUCCUUUACCCUGCCCCGGUGCCUGGCACCGCUCAAUAGCCAUUAAGCUGAUUGCAACUGAGAAAGCACUUUAUCCACGUGCCCCGUGCUACAGCAAGAGGAGGUUUCCUUGCAGGAACAGGACUGGGGUGCAGGACACAAAUGGGGCUGUUACAGAGCUCACAAGUGAAAAAUUGCUUGGUAAAGUCACUCAGUGCUGGGUGAACUGAAAACCUCCUAUUUUCUAUCCCCUGGAAUCUCCGAGAGUCUGUUUUGAGGGGUUCUGGUUUACUUGAAGAGUUGUCAGCUUGACCCUGUUUGGAGCUGGCCAUGUCUAUCUAUGCCUGGAUGCUGUGAAAUUUUCAGGGAAUUCUUGCACAAAAGGUGAACAAUCAGCUGAUUUGUCUUGACAGCACAGGAGGCAAGUUCUUUGUGUCACCUUAUGCUCACAGAGCAUCCUCCACUCCACUGGCUGCUGCUGGCAACCUCCCUCUCCAGUAAAACCAGAGCUAAACAGAAAGGAGGAGUAGCCUUGAGUUGAAGCACCAGAUUCUGGCAGUUGAAGCACUAGUGCAGUUUCUUCCUGUCAUUGGUUUGUCCUUCUCUUUCCAUUCCUUUAUUCCAAGUGAGGCAUGUGGAGGAAUCCCUUCAGUUUUCAUCAGGUAGACUUUGCUCAAACUUGCCAAAAAAACUGCAAAGAGCUGGCAAAAACAUCAACACUGAGGUGUCCUAGGCUCAGCAGUGCUGUGAGCCUCUGCUGGGGAGCUGAGCCAGUGUGCUGGUUAAAGAAACACCUUCUGGAGAAGCUGCCUGCCCUGGAGGAACACCCAUUUAUGCCAAGGCUUGUGGCUCCCUGUGUGUGACAUCCCCUGCUCCCACCUGGCUUCCUCUCACAGCUGCAGCUGUCAUGAACAAAUCUUUGUAUGAAAAUUCUGUACAUUUUAUUUUUCUACUGACACUCCUAAUCCCAGUGGUGAUUAUCAGUAAAUUCUGUAACUCUUGA